GGACCACCAAAAAGCCAAUCAACGAGAUCCAAAGCUUCAAGAUCGAUGACCCCAGGAGUCCACCUGGACAGCCUCCGCCGUGCGUAUGCGUAUGUCCCUUCGUCAAUGCUCGAGGAGAGCCACAGCCAAGACAUGCGCCUUCCAUCUUGAGAAAGAAGCAGCCAUCAUACUGCGCAUUACAAAGCUCAUUGCUGGGUAACCAUGUCUCCCACAAGAUAUAUUUCCAGCACGACAGAACAGAGUCUCUGGAGACACAAGUCCCAAACACAUUUUCAAGAUGACUGGAACCGUUCUCCUUACCGGUGCCAAUGGCUCUUUAGCCCUUGGCUUUGUCGAAGCAUUCCUUGCUCAGUACCCCGGGCAUACCCUCAUCGCCACAGUUCGGAAUACUUCCCCAGAAAAAGACCCCAACACCGCCAAAUUGAUGCAACUGGUGGCUAAGCACCCGGGAGCUGAUGUCCAUGUUGAAGCCCUUGACCUGGGGAAUCUGGCUGGUGUCCGAUCCUACGCAGAAAACGUCGCCGCCAGAGUCUCUUCCAAGGAACUGCCCCGGAUAUCCGCCAUUGUCUGCAACGCCGCCACCUGGUCGCUCGGGGAUGGGCAGCGAUUCACCUCGGAUGGCCACGAAGCAUCUUUCCAGGUUAAUCACCUCGCACACUACCUGUUGGUCUUGAAGCUUCUCGGAAGCAUGAACACAACCUCGGGACGCGUAGUCAUGCUGGGAUCCAUCGUCCACUAUCCGGAAAAACGAAACCCUCUCUCAUCUUUGGUGGCGCGUAUUCCAGAUAAUAUGGAAGAACUGCUCAAGCCCGAACCUGAUGCCGCGGGGCAGGCUCACGAUCGAGGAUUCCAGAGAUACGGAACAUCGAAGCUCGCCAACGUUAUCUUCGCUGAAGACCUGAACAGCCGACUGCAGCAGGACCCAGAGCUAUCCAACAUAACGGUAACAGCCGUGGAUCCCGGUGGUCUGCCCGACUCAAGAGGCCAGGUGCAACAAAGGCGUGCUGUCCGAGUAAUCAUGGCGACUUUGAACGUCUUCAUGCCUGUUCUAAGGUACGUCACCACAGGCUUGCGGACGUCGAAAGACUCUGGAAGGGAUCUUGUUGCUGUGAGCGUGGGCUCGGAGUUUCAGGCGAAGCGGGGAUACUAUGUGGGCGUGAACAAAGCCGAGGGGGCGCAAGUGAGCCACGAUGAGCAAGUGCAGCGGCGGCUGUGGGAGGCUUGCUGGAAAUGGGCUGGUCUCUCGCCGGAGGAGACUGUUCUGCAGAAUGCUGCCCCAUAGCUGACCAUCACGGUACAUGUUUGCAGUUGCUGGAGUUCUUUCCACCUGCCCUCGGUCUCGGGUUGGGGCUCGGAUGGGGAAGAUAAUUCAUGUUUUACAGCAGGAAUCAUGCCCCGGUCGUUGAAUACUGUUUCACAGUCGAGGAGGCGUGGGAUUGAUCAGGUUAUGGAGAGGAAACUGGCGGAGGAAUUCGACGUUUAGGUAGCGAUUCUUCCUAUUUACAUGAUGUGCGCUGCACCGGCCAUGGCAUUGCCCAUCUCCACUUUGUACCACGAACCUCGCGUGCAGGAAUCCAUUUGAGCGACCGUAUAUCCUCUGCGCAUCGUAGGAGGGCAAAAUGAUAUGCCAGCAGCACUAGAGCUCGACCCCUCUGCUCGAAAAGCAUCUGUAUGAAACGUAAGUGAGUCAUUGACAGACAGCAGAGUCACACCCCCUGCAUUUCUAGAAAAAGCCCUACUACCCGUAUGAUGCCUGUUCGAUGCAGGGCUAAGGAAUCCGGAUCGAGAUCGCUGUCAUCCUGGUGGAAGUCUAAUAGACCGUAAAAAAUCCCAGGCUGUCUUUGUCUCGAUCCGCCCACUGUGGAACAUGAGCGGCGCUCAAUAUCGGCGCUGUUUCAACCGUAAAGUGAUGCAUGGGGCUUAGAUCUGUGAUUUGCAUUUCAUCAAAGUCCUUUGCUGGCACCUCAACGGCAGUCAGGUGCCCGUACUGGCAAGGGUCGCCAUGUCGGGCGCACCCUUUACACUCAGGGUGUGUUUUGACGCGUUUGGACUUGCAGAGCUGGCACCGAAUGCAGCCCUUGGUGGAUUUCCG